AUGAUUUUGAUUAUCUCUUUGUCGAUCAUCUUCUGUGUAGGUCAAUCAUUGCAGACGAAAUCGAACUUGACAUUGGAUGAUUUUUUCAAUAACACCGAGUUUGCAUCAUUGAGUUUUUCUCCAACUGGUCAGCAUCUUCUCUACCAAACAAUGCGUCCAGCAUGGAACUCGAAUGCGUACGAGUACACGCUUUGGGUCUAUAACAUCGAUUCGUACAAGAAAACGUCUAUUAUAUCUACACUUGGCUAUUUUCUCAGUCCAAGAUGGUCACCAAGUGGAAAUACCAUUGCAUUUAUUCAUACUGAAUAUCUCCUUUCGAAUUCCACGGAUGAUCAUCAACGUUUAUCGGAGAAGAGUUACUACAUCUAUUUCUAUUCCGUUUUAACUGAAGAAUUACAUACCGUCGAAAAUACACUCGAAAAACCAUCGACGUUCGCUUGGUCUGAUCAAGAUUCGUCUCUUUUUUUAGUCACAUCCACAUCGAGAUUUGUAAACAAUGAUGAAGACAUUCUUCCAUAUCGAGAACGGAUCAAUAAUCAUAUCAGUACAAUACAUCGACUAGAUUUCGAUUGGACGAAUGAUCGACCAUCAUUACGCCAAUUCACGCCGAUCAUCACCAUUCCAUUACGUCUCAGCGAUUUUCUGUAUGUUCCGCUAGAACAAAAGCUGAUUUUUUUAUCUACAUCACCGUUGAUCGAUGAUUUGAAUAGCUUUGAAAUCUAUUCCAUCGACCUACGAAAUCAGUCGUUAUUGACACGAUUAACGCAUAAUCAAGGCUUUGAAAUAGGAUUGCAACUAUCACCGAGUGGAAACCAUCUUCUGUUUCGAAAUUAUACACGCCGAUCAAGUCGAACGAUAUUCCACGAUACACAACGUCGAUUGUACUCGUUAGAUUUGGCCAACGGACACACCGAACGUUAUGGUAGUGAUUUUCUUGGCAAUAUCGUUGGAUAUGUACCGAAAUCGGAUGGUGGUGUUUACUUUCUUGGGCAGCACAAAACGAAUGUUGGAAUCUAUACCCAACAGUCAUUAGAAGACACAACGGUGCAUCAUCUAGGCUGGGAGGGUACUUAUGAGCAUAUUUCAUCAUCCAUAAAUCGACCACAGGCGAUUGCAUUCGCUUAUUCGUCAUUUGAUCGGCCUAAGGAAAUUUACUACGUUGACGAUAUUAAACAACUGCAAUUUGCCAAAGCAAUUACAAAUGAAAAUCAACAUCUUACUGAAAGAAUCAUUCCGAAAGCAACAGUCUAUCAGUGGAAAGACGAGGUAAGUAACGAAACUAUCGAAGGUAUUCUUCAUUAUCCACCGGGGAAAGAUCAAGAAGAUAAUCUUCCACUUUUCGUUCUCAUGCACGGUGGCCCUUAUGAUGCAAGCGUCAAUUCAUUCUUCGCUGGAUGGUACACUUGGGCUCCAUUAGCUGCUGCACAUGGUUGGCUGGUUCUCGAACCGAAUUUUCGUGGAUCGUCAGGAUACGGUGAUGAAUUUCUCGAUGAAAUCCGUCGUCAACCGCUAACGCGUUCAACACGAGAUAUCAUUUCAGGCGUCGAUCAAUUAAUCAAAGAUGGAAUAGUUGAUUCGAACAGAUUGACCAUUGGUGGUUACAGUUACGGCGGCUUUUUAACGAACUGGAUCAUUACACAAACCGAUCGAUUCAAUGCUGCACUUUCCGGUUCGGGCUCAAUCGACCAUACUUCAUCUUGGGGUACAAUGGAUUUACCUGUGCUUUUCCAUCAUCUAUUUGGCGGAUAUCCUUGGGAUGAAUCCCAUAUCUAUCAAACACAAUCGCCGAUCUUUCAAUUAGAUCGAAUACGUACACCAACGCUGAUCGUCACUGGUGAAAAAGACAUUCGAGUCGAUCCGGCACAGUCGUAUAUGUUAGAGCGUAGUUUACAUUACCUCGGUGUACCUGUCAAUUUGAUUGUCUUUCCUGGUGAAGGCCAUGAAUUGAGUGUUAAUCCGUGGCAUGGUAAAAUCAAAGUUCGAGAAGAAUUGAAAUGGCUACAGAAAUAUGGACAUCGAACAGCUAAGUUUUAUUGA